AUGAGUUCGCUCCUUCGCCUUGCUCGAACCGUUGGCCCUUAUAUUGGCGUCCUACAGGUACAUGCUGAUAUUAUUGAUGACUGGUCGCUGGAAGGUGUACGACGGCUAGCUCGUCUAGCAAAGAAACAUGCAUUCAUCAUCUGGGAAGGCGGAAGGGUCCUAAACACGCAACAGCGGUUAAGCAACCGAUUCUUAACCCCGGAUGAGGUGUCGCGAGAUAUAGAUAUGUCAAGGAAGCGGUACACAAAAGGUGUUGUGAGCGUCGCUGCAUGGGCAGGACUGGCGAGUACGUGGAUGAUUGAUUCGCCUCAGCAAGGAAACGGUGCUGAUCGAUUGAUUCCAACCCUUCGCCGCGCAGCAAAGGAGACCGUCGCAUUCAUGACGAAUUCUGUCCGCACGGAGAUCAGUAGCAGCGGUGGGAGUAUGCCUUCAAAUGAAAACCCGGAUGAGGAGCAUGAGUAUACCAUGGAACUCGAUGAUGCCCUUCGAGCGUCUGCCAGUGAAGGAUUAUCGAUCUCGCCAUCUCCACGAAAAGCAUCGGUCAUAUCACUCACGCAGACGAUAACCCAAAGUACAGAGCCCUCCACUCCUUGUGCUGCCACCGGGGUUGACGAAAACCCUUUCUCCGAAACAGAAGAAGACCUAGCAGACGAAGACGAGCUGCCUGGACCUGCUGCGUCAUUGCCUGAACCCCCUCUUCUAUCACGAGGACUCAUCAUCUCUGCCCCUCGGGACGAUGACGAGCGAUUCACUCUUGAAUACCGAGUGGCAGCAUUCGAAAGCGCCAAAGCCAACGCGGACUUCGUCGUAGGCUUCUCAACCGAUGAGCCGUGGCUAGAAAUAUGCACCCGCUCGCUGUGUUCAGAAGCUGCGGCGGAGCUGUCUGCAACAGUUGCCGCCCGUACAAGAAGUUCAGAUGAGGAGAACGAUCAUCCAUGCAAGGAAGACACCGAAUCCACGGUUGAUGAACAACGACGGACGUUUGUGAUCUUCAACCCAUUAGAAACCGACCACCUUACACGCUUUGGAAAGAAUGAAGAUUGUGGUAUCAACCACUCUACUUCUACACCUGCCACGAACGGUGCCCCCCUUCAGAGCCCUCGGCUAGAUAUAAACACCGCUACCAUGAGCAACUUUCGCUCCAGGCGGGAGUCACAACAGAUCUCAGGACUACAACAGUUAAUUGCUAGUGCUAUCGCGAUUAGAGACUCUCGGAAAAGUCCCGAAGCAGGGCUCUCACCUGGUGUACAAGCGCGAUAUGGCGGAUUCGACGUAAUGUUCGUUCCCGUCGUCACGAUGAAUGUAUGA